CACGAUGACUGAACACCAUGCGUGAACACCAUGCGUGAACACCAUACGUGAACACCAUACGUGAACACUAGCAAACUGUCAGAAACGCGUCACGUUAAAGGAGCUUGUGCAGUUGCUUUGCUGAGUAUUUAAUGACGGAGACAUUCGGUCAUCGAGAGAAACACAUGGACCAAAUGAACACUAGUCUUGUCCAGAGAGAAAUAUCAUCUGGUACUCCCACACUGAUAACCAUGAAAGAUGAAUUCACUACAGCUCCAUCUAGAAAGAGUUUUACUCAGGAAUAUAUUCUCAAGCAACGUCAAGGCAUUGGCAAUGACGAGAAACCAUAUCCGUGUUCAAGUCCUAUUGAUCUAGAAAGACACAAGAAAGACCACACGGAUGAGGGAUAUUUCUGCUUGCAGUGUGGGAAUAAUUAUAAGCACCGGUAUUAUCUUCAUCAUCAUCAACGCAUUCAUACAGGAGAAAGACCUUAUCGGUGUUCACACUGCGGGAAUCGUUUCAGAGAACCCGGUCAUCUCCGGCAACACGUCCGCGUUCACACAGGAGAGAAACCGUAUGACUGCUUGCAAUGCGGGAAGAGUUUCGCUCACCGAGGAAGCCUGCAGAUACACCAGCGCAUUCACACGGGAGAAAAACCGUAUCAGUGCUCGCAUUGCGGGAACAGAUUUAAUGACAGACGUAACCUUAAACGACACCAGCGCAUUCACACAGGAGAGAAGCCGUUUUUCUGCUCUCAGUGUGGAAAGAAUUUUUCUUACCAAAGCAGUCUAAAAUCACACAAGAUUAUUCACGAGAGAAAGAAAUGAAUAGAAAUGAAAAGAAUAUUUGUGCUCACACUGUAGAAAGUGUUUCAUGUUUUCAAAAUAUGUUAAAAACACCCAAGUGUUUACAUGGCAUCCUGAUUUUGUACUGACAGGGAACUUGUUGUUCCUGAGC